AUGUAAUAUAAGCAUGCUUUAGAAAAUGAAAUCCUUGAUGAUCCUAGAACUGCUAAUGCAUUCAAUGAAUUUGCACCUAUUACUAAUGUUGUGCUUGGCACUGGAUCUAUGAUAGGAUAUGAUGAACUUAGGCAGAAAUAUGAUAAAAUCAUUAAUUAUAAAAAUAAUAUUGCACUUGGAAUGCUUUAAUGUGAUAGUUGUCUAUCUCGAGUUUCUUAUGAAGAUAAUAAAAUCGUUUAUUGUGAGUUAUGUUUGUCAGCAGUCCAUAUCAAGUGUCAUGGUAGGAAACUCUUAUAUGCAGCCAAAGGUGGAGCGCCAUUUGACUAGUUUAUCUGUGAAAGAUGCAAGUACUUAGUAGACAAUGAUUUCAAUGAGUAUGAGAAUAUUAAGUGCAAAUUUUGUGAUGAACUUACUGGCAUACUUAUUUAUAUUGAUAAGAAUCAUAAGAAAAAUAUGAUGGUUGGAUGGUUACAUCUAUGUUGUGUAUUUUGGCAUUCAAGCGUGAAAUUUGCUGAUGAGUGUGCAAUUUAAAGGGGCCUGAUAACAGAGUAUGAAACAAUGAAAGAGAAAUAAGCUGAUGAAAUAACAGGCGAGCCACUUGUUUAUUGCUCUAAACAUACCAGACUUUUUAGAGAUUUGCAAGAUAACCCAGAUAUGCCAUCAAUACUUACAGAAAUGAAUUCAUCUUUUGGAGAAGAUGAUGAUGACAAAAAUGAAAAUUAGAUUAUUUCCUUAUAGAAUCCUGAAGAGGACACCUUUGAACAUUUUAUGCAGCCAGAUGAAUAUGAUUAAAAAAUGGAUUUAAGCUAUUUUGAAAUGAAAAAUGAUCCAAAUUUCAUUGCAUAAGAAUUGAAUUAAUACUAAACUAAAUUAGAAAUCAAAGAAGAUUAUAAUCCUCAUUAAAACACAAUACUAGCCUAACUCCAAUAUUAAUCGCAAAAUUAGAUGUCUUAAAGUGGCCCUAAAAGAAGAGGUAGAAAGAAGCAUUUGCCACUAGGAAUGGAUGCCAAUCAAAUGUCAAAUUUAUCUUAUAGUAUGAGUAAUUAUGGAGGUUAACAAAGCAGUUUAUCUAUGAAGUAAGAUGCCAAUGAAGAGUCAUCAAUGAACAAUAUAUAUGGGCAAUAGUAAUAUAGAAAAAGAGGCCCCAAACCAAAAGCCUUCAAUCAUUAAAUUCAACUAUCAGACAAAUUAGGAGCUUAAAGAAUGGAUGAAGUUUCCUAUUUUGAGUAAAUAAUAGAGCAUUAAAAGUAAGAUCACCAUGAUGCAUUGGAAGCUUACCCUGAUACAACUAAAUAUUACUAUCAUCGUGAACAUAGAGAGACCAAGAAAAGAGGCAGAAUGUCUUUCAAAGAAAAGAUCCAACUCAUGCAUGAUUAAUAGUUAGACAGAAGUUCCUGCAUUAAUGUUGAGUUUUCAUAAUUAAGCAAUGAGAAUCCAUCAUCUACAUAUAUCGCUAACAAUGCAGCUUAAACUGAUUUAGUUGAGGUGAAAUAAUAUCUGUAAACAAGACCUGAGCUUCGAUAGGACUUCGGACUGAAGCUUAGAAUGAAUGCUGGUGAAAAGAUAAUGUAUGAUGUAAGGCCAGAAAUGCAAUCUCUAUUUAAAUUGAAAUCCCCAAGCACGAGAAGAGAUAUUUUGACUGCUUUUGUUAAUUUUUGCAACGAUAAUGAUUUGGUUGAUCUUUAAUGUCAUCACUAUAACAUUUCAAGGCAUCCUAAGUUGAGAGCUAUGCUUGGAGUCGAUGUAAUGGAGUCAAGAGAAAUUUUUAAGUAUCUAAAGGGCCUGGUAACUCCAUUCUCAGUAGAAGAAAGAGAAGCGGAGAGAAAAAGACUCGUUGAAAUGAAAUUCAGAAAUCAACUGGCUAUUCAAAAUCAAAAUAUGAGUGAGGACUUUAGUAAUAAUCAAGGAUUUAUUGAAGAGAUAUCAUUCAGAAAUUGA